GACUUUUUCAUGGCAAAGAAUAUGCUGAAGUCUCGUGCAGUAUAGAGUAUAUAGACUCUACUGAUAUAGACACAUGACAGACUGUAUUUGUAAUCUGAAAUUUCCCCACCUGUAUAUAGCUGUCUGAGCAUAAUAACUAAGGCUUAACAACAUGUUUCACGGACUUUCAUUAGCAAUUUAUAGACUAGCCAGGCCUGUAAAAAGAUUUAAUAGUUUAAUCAUAGAUAAAGGAAUACAUGCGCAUGUAGACUAUAUAGCAUGUAGAAUUUUUGUACACAUUGUCUAUCCCUGGAGGAGCACCAUGAACUGGAGAGUGACAAUCUACAUGAUAUAUACUAUUCAGGAACCCUUGUAAGUAAAUUUUUUCAUUUAAACAUUAUGCAUUAGUAAAUUAUGGAGCUAGAUCUACUUGAGUAGUUUGCAUGUUGUUAAUUGUUACACGCAGUAGUGAAAAAAGUCUAUCGGAAGCUUUUUACUGGGUGUUAGUAUAGUCGGUCGGUCUGUCUGUUCGUUCAUAUGCAUGUGCAUGUGCAUGCAUAUGUGUAGUGUGUAUUCAGAUCCAAUGCCAUAUAAUCCCUGUCAUACAGCUUUGGAUAUAGCUUCAUAUCCGUAGAACUAAAUUUCAGCAUCUACAAGUUUCCUGUCAUGAUCUCGUAGCUAACCAACAGCUAGCGCUUAGAAAUUUUGUGCGAACAGAAUGAGAUGAUUAUAUACAGAUGCUACGAAACAUUCUAGUUUCUUUCUAGAACAUGCAGCGUUCACUGUAAGUCAAAUUAUAGCCAUAACUCGAAAAAGAAGCUUUAGUUUGCAAAUCCAUGCAUGAAUCAAAAUCCAACAGGAUGAUGUGGCUAGAAGCCUAUAAAAUGCUGUUAGCUUUUGUUGCAUUGCAACCGUUGAGCAAUAUUGAACGCUAGGUCGCCUAGCAUUCAAUUGGAGACGGAUCGGCCUGGGGUCGAGGCUAGAAUACACACAGAGACAGACAGACAUAAUUAUUAUAUAUACACAUGCAUGCACAUUCAGCUUUACUGUAUAUCCCUCGUGCGGCUAUAUAGGCCUCGAGGUAUAAUGGUUCAAAAAUUUCAUCUCUGCGUGCUUAAAUUUAUAUUUGAUGUUGUCACCCCCACGUGCUGGGUGAGUGCACAUGCACAUGGUUGAACUGUUACUCUGUUUCUUCGUUUCUCUUCAAGUUGGUCAAAUCUUACUUGAUAACUAUAAUGGCCUUCUUUAAUACCUCCGUGUACCUUCAUGUAGAACCUCGUGCAGUGACAUAGUGGACUAUCAUGUGCCCAUAGUGGACUCACCAUCACAGCUAUAUAUAGUGCUUCCAAUGACAACGUGAGCAAUGUAUGUUCGUUAUCUGCAUGCAUGUACCAUGUAUACAAGUCUAUAUAGAUAGAGAUGAAGAAGUACCAUUAUUAUAGUAAGUCUAUAACCUUUAAACUCUACAGUACUAUUUCUUUGCUAAAUUUGCUGUAGCCUCAUCCUAAAACCGAUUGUAUAUAUAACAUACUAGAUCAAAAACUAGUUCCUGAUGCGCGCCACGUCAUCGUCAUUACCCCCAGAUUCUAGGUAAUACGUUCUACGUUAUUUCAUAUACUCAUGUAAUAGUUAGAGCUAUAAUUAUUUGCAUGUAAUCCUGAAGCUAUAAUUAUGUAUAUUUUACAUGAAGUAAGGUAUACCUCCUAUACCUGGCCAUUUUCAUAUUGUGUUCCAUUUCCUUUUUAUUGGAGUACUUCACUCACCCACUGGAACAAAUACAUAUACAUGCAUGCACUCGUGUAUAUGUCUGUGCAAAAAUAGAAUUCCACAGCCUUAUCCAGGCCGGCGAUGUCCAAUCCAUGCAUUUUUCCUUGAGAAGGAGGUCCGGGAUAGCCUUGCAUGCAUGGGUAUUGUGAGGGGAAAGAGAGGAAUAGCUGUACAUUGUUCCAUGAGGGUGCGUCAGCAAUAACGUUAUUUGUUCCCGGAAUACUAUGUGCCGACAAGAAAAUGAAAUGUUGCAGCCACAAAUGUCAGAAACCGCAUGAAAUGCAUUAUUGAUCGAGCCCAAAUUAAGUAAUGCCACCACAUCUUAUGUUGUCGGAGUGAAACGAUAUCGAUAUAGGCACUGUCCCCAUACUACUGCGGCAAUGAGAAUAGGAAUCAUUUCUUUGAUUGAAAUGUGGCAGUCCCUACUGGCCGGGGGCCAUUGUAACGGAAGCCAAGCAGACCGCAAGCGCUGCAUGCAUGCAUCCCCCCAAGAGCCCAAAGUGUCCGAGUAGAUGUGCAUGGAUAUGUGCAUGGGCAUUGGAGUAUGUAGGUAUUAUAAUUAUUAUGCAAAAAUCAGGAAAACAAGCUGCUAUGAUUUGCGUCAGGGUUGUUUAGAGUUUUAUAAAACAUCAUUAAUUUUUAUGGCCAUGCACAAAUAAUUAUAUAUAUAUAGUGUGCACAGUUUUAUGCGCAACUAUAAGUCACACAAUGUCAACUUAGGCUAUACGCAGAUAUUUAUAAUCUACAGCAUGCAUGCAUGCUUCUACUAGGCAGGCGCUGAAAUGAGGUAUACAUGCAUGCAUGCAGUAUAAUAUAUUUUGAUGAUACAUUCAUUUGUUUAGCCACCACAAUAAUAUGUGUAGAGUAAACUGAGCUUAUGGGUAUACCUCUAUACGCUGUGCAUGUACACGCAGGCAGUAAAUAUUUUCAUUGAUGAAGCACUUUGGUCCUGCGUCUCCGUGUCCCACAAUGUGCACAUGGUAUAGUCCACUAUAUAUACCAUAUAAUUAUACUAUAAUUAUAUCACAUGUAGGUUAUAGUAUUAUGAUACACAAGCAUGUAAAUCUAUUAUCGGUACAUAAGCUAGCCUUUAUCGGUUUGAAACGCUGAACACUUAUUCCCUGUCCCCUCUAACAUUCUUCUGAAAGACUUUGUAUCACUACAUUAUUAAGUAUAUACUAUCUGCUACCAGUAGCUAGCGUCACUUUUAGACGCGGUGCAGCAGCUCAAUUAACCUUUGAUUCAGCAAUAAUUAUCAGCCCACGUUGUAUGAGAAUUUGCCAUUUUUCGGCUUUGGGCCAUUGUCCAUUAUUAUCCAUGUUUUUUGUGUACUGCUCUGGCCUUUUACAGGAUGUGUAUGCUUAUAUUUUGCUGAGUGUAAUCAGAGGCUAAUUGCUUGAGCUGCACCCCGCUUAUAUACAGUAUACAUUUCUUUGAAGGUAUAGAAUUUCAGUAAUUACGUUUUUGUCAAUAUUUUCUAUCUUAAUUUCUUCAUGUUUUGUACCACUAUUGUGUGUCUUGACUAUUAUUGUAAUUGAUUGUGAUCUGAGUGUGCUCAUUGUUGCUGUUUCAGUCAUUAAGUGUUUAUGUGUCUUGACUAUUAUUGUAAUUGAUCGUGAUCAGUGUGCUCAUUGUUGCUGUUUCAGUCAUUAAGUGUUCCUGUGUCUUGACUAUUAUUGUAAUUGAUCGUGAUCAGUGUGCUCAUUGUUGCUGUUUCAGUCAUUAAGUGUUCAGUGUCAGCAACACUAUAUAUAAUUGGGGUGAGCUUGAGUCGUUCUAUAACCCUUGGUUCUCGAUACUUGUUGAGUCAUAUCAUGUACACUAACCGUUUCAUAGUUUAUACAGUCUAUAAGCACUAACUAAAGGCGAUUGUGUGUGCCAGUUAGAUCUAAACUGUGUCUGUCUUGCAAGCAUAAUGGACGAAGAUGAGUUUGUCAUUAAUGAUGCAUAUGUUCGUUGCUGCAGAGAAGAGGAAAAUGUUUAUGAUUCAGUACUACAAGUAGGUAGCAACCCUCCCACAAUAUCAUAAGGAAGAAAAAAUCAAUCCAGCAACAGGCAAAGAAGCGUCCGUCAAUAUGAAGGAAGUACUAGUGAAUUGCCAUGCUAUUGCUACUAUCUUAGCUCUAGUUAUAGCUGUCCUUUCUCUGAUAGUGGCUUUGGUAGCAGUGAGCUAUGCUAUAAUAGAGUUAAACAACCAGCAAGAUCAGCUGAGCAGCUCCAGUCAGGAGGUGGAAUCCCAGAUCAGCAAUUUGAAACAAGACAUCGUAACACUUGAAAUUAGAAUUUCUGACCAAGAGAGUUUUUCGAAAAAUCUAUUCCAAGAUGUUCGUAAAUUCACAGCAUUGGGCAUCAUCGAAAGCAAUCCAGCUAGUUCUUGCCGCGACAUCCCUCAAGACAAACCAUCUGGAGAAUACUGGAUUGCAACUGACAGUACUAGCUCUCCUGUUCAGGUCUACUGUGACAUGAACCGAACAAGCUGUAGCUGCAACACUACAGGAGGAUGGAUGAGGGUAGCCAACCUUGACAUGACUGACCCCAGCCAAAACUGCCCAGAUGGAUUCAGACUGGUGUUGAACAAGACAACACCACCACUGCGUACUUGUGGCAGACCUGGACCAGCAGGAUGUGUGUCUACUACCUAUCCAACUUAUGGGGUGGAGUACUCUCGAGUUUGUGGAAGAGUGAUUGGCUACCAAGAUAAGACUCCAGAUGCUUUUGAUCCAUAUUUCGGAAAUCAGAACUUGUCAAUUGAUGACAUUUACGUUGAUGGUGUGAGCCUAACUCAUGGACAGUCACCUCGUCAGCACAUCUGGACAUUUGCUAAUGCACUUGCUGAAACAGCCUGGAAUAGAUUUGUAUGUCCUUGCACUAGACCUGACGUGACCUACACAGGAGCUGUACCUCCCUUUAUUGGUCAAGAUUAUUUCUGUGCAACUGGUAGUCGACAAACAAUUUCUCUAAUAUUUUUUCCUGAUGAUCCAAUCUGGGACGGUCAGGGAUGUGGGGGUACCAGCACUUGCUGUGAGUUUAACAACCCACCGUGGUUCUGCAAGCAACUUUUUCAACCGACUACAGACGAUAUCGAAUUGAGGAUUUGUGCUGAUCACGGCAUACAUGACGAAGAUGUACUACUCGAAACUGUUGAAAUCUAUGUUCAAUGAGGAAUACUUUACUAUUAUUGACAUGAGUGUAUUAUAAUGAUUAGAUUAUG